AUACCAUAUUUAUCAAUUUUUUAAUUUUUGGACUUUCAUUUACUCUGUAUUAUAUUCCCUUAUUUUUCUUGCAUGACGGGACACCCCACCGUCCAAAACCGCCGCCGCGACGCUCCGUUUUCAACUAUUCUUUCCUCUCCCCUCAGUCUGUAUAUAUACUCCGGCCACUUCUCCGACGAACUACAGUUAAAAGAUAACGAAAAUCUCCGUUUUCUCUAGAGGAUGAAUCCAAGGAAGAAAGGUGGGAUUUGUGAGCGGGGGAGAAGAGCUGCCGGAAAAUGUUGGCCGGCGGCGUUGUUUCUGGUGGCAGCUCUGUCAUUAUUUUUCGCCGGCUCAAAAACUUCCGUCUGGCGGUUCGCUUCAAAUAAUUCUCCUUUGCAACACGGCGGCGUUGGUGGCGGAGGCGCCGCUGUUUUGAAUUUGUCGUCGUCGACUACUACUGCCCCGUCUGCCCUAUUGGAAGAAAACGUCGGUCAAAAUUUUUCAACGGCAUCUAAUAAAUUCGGCAUCGCGGGUCCCAAAAAUGCUAGAAAUAGUACUAGACGUUGCAGCAAGCUAGAGAUUUUGGAAGCUGGGCUCGCUCGAUCUCGAGCUUUAAUCAUGAGAGGAUCGAACCUAACAUCAAAAGAUGAAGAUGACGACGAUGAGUUCAUACCCGAAGGUCCAAUGUAUAGAAAUGCUUCUUCUUUUAACAGGAGCUACAAGGAAAUGGAGAAGAAAUUGAAAGUGUACGUGUACAAGGAAGGGGAGCCGCCGGUGUUCCAUUUUGGGCCAUGCAAGCACACCUACGCCAUCGAAGGUUACUUCAUCCAAGCAAUGGACGUGAGCCCAUUUCGAACCUACGACCCGGACGAGGCCCAUCUCUUCUUCCUCCCCUUCAGCGUCACCAUGCUGACGGAGGUGGUAUACAUUCGGGACUCCCAUGAUUGGUCCCUCAUGAAGAACGCCGCCUUCGAUUACGUCAACGUCAUCGCCGGAAAACACCCCUUCUGGAACCGCAGCCGCGGGGCCGACCAUUUCAUGCUUGCAUGUCACGACUGGGGGCCGGAAAUUUCGUUUGCGGUGCCGAACUUGCACAACAACUCCAUUCGCGCGUUGUGCAAUGCCAACACCUCAGAGAGGUUUGACCCGGAGAGGGACGUCUCCAUUCCGGAAAUUCAUCUUCCUUUGGGAACGACGGCGAGCCUGCUCGGCGGCCCGCCGCCUUCUGGUAGGUCGGUGUUGGUUUUUUAUUCUGGCGGCCUCCACGGCCCCAUCAGGCCGAUCCUGAUGGAGCACUGGGGGAACAACGAAGACAAAGACAUUCAGAUCCAUAGCUACCUCCCAAAGGGCCAAUCAUAUUACGACAUGAUGCGCAAAAGCAGGUAUUGCAUUUGCCCAAGUGGGUACGAGGUUGCGAGCCCGAGAAUGGUGGAGGCACUAUACAUGGGCUGCGUCCCCGUGCUGAUCAAAGAAGGGUAUGUCGUACCCUUCAGUGAUGUGUUGAAUGUGAAGACGUUCGCGGUGCUUCUUGAGACGAAGGACAUCCCCAACUUGAAGAAGAUAUUGGUAAGCAUUCUCGAGAAAAAGUAUUUGAGGAUGCAGAAGAGGGGGAUAAAGGUGAGGAGACAUUUUGAGAUUAAUAAUCCGCCGAAACGUUUUGAUGCCUUUCACAUGAUUCUUCACUCUAUUUGGCUCAGAAGACUCAACUUUCGCCUUCGUGACAAUCUUGAUCAUGAUAAUUUGUUGUGAGUACAAUAACAUUAAUUGUAUUGUUGAGAUGAAUACUAGCUAGCCUUUGUUGAUACUAGUUCACGUAAAUAUUUUCUUUUUGAUGUGUGAAAUCGUAUCAAAGCUUGUAAACUUUGAUCAAGAAAAAUGAAGUAUACUAAGGAACUAUUUGUUGUAGGUGUGGUAAGUGUUAUACUUUGCAAUAACUUUUUCCCAUAAUG